UACGAUACAACAUCCACCAUCUUGUUUAUUCGUUCGAAUCUGCCACGUGUGCGCAUGUCCUGUAUGGAUCACUGAUUCCUUAGACUUCCGGCUCAAAAACAGGUCAGCGGAAAUGCCCAACCACUAUACAAAUCAAAAUGGCGGACGAAGAGCAUCAUUCGUCUUUAAAAUUAGACAAAACUUUUGAACGUGAAAUUGAAGGGAUCUACGGCACCCUCGUCAUCAAGCAGGCAGAGGAAGGCGACGUUGGGUGUGUAGUAUGGGAUGCCGCUAUAGUAUUGGAAAAAUAUCUGGAAACUGAGGGAUUUUUGAACAAGCGUCAGAUGAAAGGGAAGCGUGCUAUCGAACUUGGUGCUGGGACUGGACUUGUUGGUUUGGUGGCUUCUGUGUUAGGUGCAGAUGUUGUGUGUACCGAUCUUCAAGAUAUAAUACCACUCAUAGAACUGAAUAUAAUCACAAACAAACACUUAGUGACUGGUUCCUUAUCUGCUGCUGUUCUGAAAUGGGGUGAAGAUGUAUCACAGCUGUUACCCCCUUUUGACUACAUAUUUAUUGCUGACUGCAUUUAUUAUGAAGAGUCACUGGAGCCUUUAAUAAAGACCAUGUGUGAUCUUAGUGGACCAAGCACUCUUAUUUAUCUCAGUUAUGAAGAAAGAAGAACUGGUAACAAACUAGCAUUGGAAAAUAAUUUUUUCAAGGCUGUAAAGGAAAAAUUUAUAGUGGAGGAAAUCCCACAGGAAGAGCAGGACUCUAGAUUUCACAGUGAGGACAUUCAUAUUAUCAAGCUUAUAAAAAAGUAAAGAAGAUGUAAGAGCGCUUAAAUAAGGUGAGAGCUCCUAAUGAGGAUGCUGUAGCCUUUGGAUGAUAGUGCAGGAAGGAAGGAAGGAAGGAAGGAAGGAAGGAAGGAAGAAAGAAUGGAGGAAUAAAGGUAUAAGGAAAGACAGAAACAAGUAAGGAAAAAAUGGAGGGAGGAAAAAAGGAAUGAGAACAUGCCUUUGUUAGAUCCUCUUGAGGUCUGGUUACCAAUCAAUCUACUCCUAAAUAUAAAAUGAUGAGACAAGUAUUUUUUGACACAAUUUAUUUUUAAUUAGGCUAUUUACAAUACAACAUUGUAGUCUCAAGAUGGGAAUCUAUUUACAAAUAUCCAUCAAAGCCAGACAUGGUUAAAACAAUGCUGUUCCUUCUUGAAAGAGUGAAGAACAGCAGUCAAAAUUCUAUCCUCCAUGUUGGCAUACUCUGCAGUUUGUUAUUCCCUCUUGAUUAGAAUAUAUGCAUAUUUAGUCACCAUGUUAUUUAUCUAUUUCAAUAUGUUAUGACCACUCAAGAUAUUUAUAUUUUCCCCGCAUGAGUGGUUCAUGAAGAGUGAAACAGAAAGUUUCUGGUGACGUCAAUGCAUUUACAAUCAUAUUAUUCAUAAUAUUUUUACGUUCAUGAGAGCACAUAUUUCCAUCAUCAUGAUAUCAACCUUCCAUUGAUAUCUUGCCAUCAAAUCUAUGUGGUCCAUGCUUCUGUCAAUAUAACCAUAUACCCUAUUGUGCUCUCAGUCGUUAUCCUCAAGAUAUUUAAAAUUCUAUCUUAAAUUAAUUUUGUCAGUUAUAAAAAAGUUUACAUGUUAAAUACAUAGUAGCAUUAUAACUACUUUUUCUAUUUUUCUUGUCUUAGUUAUGUCUAAGACCAUUUAAUUUUGAUAAAAAGAGUUGCCUGGCUUUUUCUAAAUGUUAGAUAUCCUAAUCAUUGCAAAAAAAUAUGUCAGUUUUUAUGAGGGAGGUGUCGUGUCUUUCGUAGAUUAAAUAUAAUUUAUAAUAAAUUAAACUGCAACUUGAGACAUAGUCCAGCUCCAGAAUACCUGUGAAUCAAAAAGAACAAUAUCCUAACUUAGUUACCUGAUACAAUUAAGAAAACAUCAAAGAAUAAUAAAUUGGUUUAGGUUUUCA